AUGAGUACUGCAAUGAAUCAAGACAAGAAGUUGGACAAGAGCAGUGUUCAAGCAAGAACCCCUGGAGGGUCAUCCGUGAAAUUAGGCAAUCAAGGAAGAAUGAGCGAGAAUGACACCAAUGAAAAUCCCUUACAGGUUCUAUCCCAAAAUGAGACUCUUCUGGUCCCACGGUUCUUGGACACAGCCCGGGCCAGAGAGAAGGCCAUUGUUCCCAAGGUCAGCAACACACCCCUUGUGUUCACAGAGGAGUCUGAGAUCUCACAGCAGGUUAGUGACACCCCCAAGUUCUCAGAAAGUACCAUCCAUCCUACACGUGGAGUUAGCCCCAAGCCCUCAGCAAAAACUACCCAUCUGAAAGAGGGCAACACCUCGAAGCCCUCAGCCAAAGCUAAUAAUCCAAAACAGAAAGAUGUUUCUCAGACUUCAGGCCACUCCAUGCAGACCAAGCAGAGCAACAUGACCAAAUCCUUCGCAAAAACCACCCAGCCUAAACAGGGGACCACCCUCAAGCCUGAAGCAAGCAGCAGCCAUCACAAAGAGGCCAGCAUGCCCAAGUCAUCAGAGGACAAUAUCCAAUCCAAGGAGGGUAACAUCCCCAAGUCCUCACAGGACACAAUCUUGUCCAAAGAUGUUAAAAUCCACAAGCCCUUAAAAGACAACAUCUCACCCAAGGAGAGAGACAUCCCCAAAUCCUCACAGGACACCAUCCUCUUCAAGGAGACAGACAUCCCCAAAUCCUCACAGGACACCAUCCUCUUCAAGGAGAGAGACAUCCCCAAAUCCUCACAGGACACCAUCCUGUUCAAGGAGACAGACAUCCCCAAAUCCUCACAGGACACCAUCAUAUCCAAAGAUGUUAAAAUCCACAAGCCCUUAAAAGACAGCAUCUCACCCAAGGAGAGAGACAUCCCCAAAUCCUCACAGGACAAAAUCCUGUUCAAGGAGACAGACAUCCCCAAAUCCUCACAGGACAAAAUCCUGUUCAAGGAGAGAGACAUCCCCAAAUCCUCACAGGACACUAUCCUAUCCAAAGAUGUUAAAAUCCACAAGCCUUUAAAAGACAGCAUCUCACCCAAGGAGAGAGACAUCCCCCAAUCCUCACAGGACAAAAUCCUGUUCAAAGCGAGUGACAUCCUCAGGUCCUCACAGGACAGCAUCCAGUUCAAGGAGGGAGAAAUCACCAAGUCCCCAGAAGACACCAUCACAUUCCAGGAAGACUACAUUAUCAAGUCCUUAGAAGACACAAGGCUACCUGACCAAAGCAACAUCUCAUAUUUGGAAACGAAAAUAGAGCUUCCGGAGGAAGACAUGGUGAGAAUGAUCAUUGGCAAGGAGGAGUUUGAGGAGGUGCUUAAAGAGGCUGGGGAGAAGCUGGUGGCAGUGGACUUCUCAGCUUCUUGGUGUGGGCCUUGCAGAGCCAUCAGGCCGUAUUUCCAUUUCCUGUCUUUGAAACAUGAGGAUGUGGUGUUCCUGGAAGUAGAUGCCGAUGACUGCGUAGAACUGGUACAAGACCGUGAUGUCUUCACCUUCCCAACUUUCCAGUUUUACAAAAAAGAAGAAAAGGUGGCUGAAUUUUCUGGCGCCCUCAGGGAAAAACUGGAUGCAAACAUUGAAGAAUUAAAGUAA